CUACAUGGUUAAAGACUUUUUUUGGUGGGCCUUUUGAGAUCUGGUCUUGGUGGAUCUGCUCCUGGAUAGGGGUACCAGGACAAGUGGCUUGCUAGUUCAUCCUGUCAGCAUGGGGUCUGGCUCCUCCUCUUAUGCUCCCAAAACCAUCUAUUUGGAUGUAGAUGGUAAAGUGCAGAAGGUGCUUUUCAGUCGUCACUGCAGCCCAUGUGAUAUCAAAGAACUGCUGUGUUCCUCCUCCAACAUCCCUAGGAACACUGCUAUAAUGAUGGUGGACCCUGAAGGUGCACUUGUGUCCACUGAUCCCACGAUGCCCACCAACACCCCCAACUCCCUGUACAAAGUCAUUCCUUUGUCUACCGGCCAGCUGGGAGAAAAGGAAGAUAUGUUUCAGAAUGUGCUCUCACAGGUAGCAGAGCAGUUCAGCAGAGCAUUCAGGAUCAAUGAACUAAAAACGGAAGUGACCAACAGAUUGGCUAUGCUGGAGAAGAGAGUAGAACUGGAGGGGUUAAAGGUCGUGGAGAUCGAAAAGUGCAAAAACGAUUUGAAGAAGCUAAGAGAUGAGAUGACAUCCAGAGCAGGAGGAAGAGUGAAUUGUCCAUGCAAAUACAAUUUCUCCGACGAUGGAAAGAAAUUAACUCCUAGACGUGACGUCCCCAGCUAUCCAAAGUACACACUUUCUCAGGAGACCAUUGAAGCGCUGAAGAAACCAACCUUUGAUGUUUGGCACUGGGAGCACAAUGAAAUGCUGAGCUGUUUGGAGUACAUGUACCAUGACUUAGGCCUCGUGAAGGAGUUUAACAUGAACCCGAUUACUCUCAAACGCUGGCUGCUGGGCAUUCAGGAAAAUUACCGCGGCAACCCGUUCCAUAAUUUCCGCCAUUGUUUCUGCGUGAGUCAGAUGAUGUAUGGCAUGAUCCACCUCUGCAACCUUCAGGAAAAGCUCACGCUGACAGAUCUGGGCAUUUUAAUGACUGCUGCCGUGUGUCACGACUUAGACCACCCUGGAUACAACAACACGUACCAGAUCAAUGCUCGUACUGAGUUGGCAGUGCGCUACAAUGACAUCUCGCCCCUGGAGAAUCACCACUGCGCUGUGGCCUUCCAGAUACUCUCACUGCCGGAGUGUAAUGUAUUUGCAAAUGUGGACCCAGAGGCCUUUAAACAGAUCCGACAGGCUAUCAUCACACUCAUUUUGGCCACGGACAUGGCCCGACAUGGCGAGAUUCUGGACUCGUUCAAGCAUAAAGUGGACAAUUUUGACUUCACCAAUGAGGAGCAUGUGACUUGCCUGAAGAUGGUUCUUAUCAAAUGCUGUGACAUUUCCAAUGAAGUCCGGCCUACAGAGGUGGCAGAGCCGUGGGUGGACUGUCUGCUGGAGGAAUAUUUCAUACAGAGUGAUAGAGAGAAAUCUGAGGGGCUUCCUGUGGCACCCUUCAUGGACAGAGACAAAGUCACCAAGCCCACAGCCCAGAUUGGCUUCAUUAAAUUUGUUCUCAUCCCCAUGUUUGAAACUGUCAUGAAGCUCUUUCCUCAGAUUGAAGAGAUUAUGGUGCAGCCUCUCAGAGACUCACGGGACCAUUAUGAGGAGCUGAAGCAAAUUGAUGAUGCCAUGACCGAGGCACAGAAGAAAAAAACAGAAAAUAUGUCAUUAGGAGGGAAGAAGAAAUAAGCACCGCUGUGAGCAUAAUGAUACUGUGAGUCUGAUUUUUGACCCGUCUGCACUGUGUGGACAGAGUUCCGGCACGAGGAUCUGUGAGACACUGGGCUGCUGUUGAAGACGGCUGGUUUGAAUCCACUGAAUCUAAACGGUCACCUGAUCGACUCAUGAAAUCACGAGUGGCUUCCUUCUGAGUGGCCGGUCUGAUUAUUUCUGUUUGUCAUCGAUCAGUUAUAAAGCCUUUUUGGCUGACAUGGGCAUAUAUAUUUAUCACUGCAGUUUUAAUCCUGUUUGAUUGGUUUUUGUUCUAUUUUACAGUGUUCAGUGGAAAAACUGCAUUUCUGUUGCAUGCACAUUCAUAGUAUAGUCAUCUGAAAGGUUUGCGAUCCCAAAGCAAUUAGGAUACCGGAUUACAGCAUUGACGUAUAACCGUGACUAGUGCCUUUUGCAAAUUUGAGGUUCCUCCAGAAUACAGCAGUUCACAUUUUAGGUGGUUUUGUGGUGAGCACAAUACCACUGUAAAUCUAAAUAUCAGCUUUUAAGGAACAUGAGAACUCCCUUAGCAGUGUUUUGAUUCGGUUUCCCAUUAUUUAUUUGGUUUUUGAGGUUUUAAAUCAAUGGAUUUGCACUAGAACAUCCAGAUAGAUGAUACAACUGAAAGGAAAAUUUGAUUAUAAUUUACACACCCUCAUGACUUUUUUCCUAAAGAACAUAAAAGAAGAUACUUUGAAAAAUGUCUCAGUUCUGACUUUCAUUGUGUGGACAGUUGAAACAUUCUUAAAAAUAUUUUUUGUGUGUGUGUUCUUCUGAAGAAAUAAUGUCAUACAGGUUUGGAACAACUUGAAAGAGAGUAAAUACAGCAGAAUUUAGAUUUUUGGCUCACCAUCCUUUUAAAUGAAUUAAUUUCUUCUUUUGCUAUCUGAAAGGUCAUACCUGCUAACCACAUUCAA